AUGUUAGAAACAGAAUUAUUUUUGAGUAGUAGAGUUUAUAAGAAAGAAAACUCCAAUAUCUCAUAUCAAUGUAUAAUCAAUCAUCAAGAUGACGAAAAAUAUGUAAUAUUGGAAUUAUUACCAAAUCAAAAAACAGAUGGUAAUGGAAAAGAACUUCCAAAUCUUGAAAAAAGAUAUGUAUUUGCAUCAACUGACACAGAGGCAUAUCACAGUGGUCAAAAAGAUUGGUAUGUUUCUAACACUAGAGAAUUAAAUAAAAACGCAUUCAGGUCACCAAAAUGUUUGGGUGGUGGUAUUUGUACAAUAGAUCAUCAAAAUAAAAAAAUAAAAACCUAUGGCACAUCCUAUGGCUAUGGCGAUCCACCAUUAGAUAUUCUCACCGAUAUUUUAAACACAUGCUUCCCAGAUUAUGAUUUAGACAUUAACAUUACAUCAGAAGUUAGGGAGUUAGUUAAACCAAAACAUAAUAGAUAUUAA